AUGCCGUGCCGCGUCUUGCCAAUGUCAUUCGCUGGGCCUGCUGUAGCUCUCCAACUUGUGCACCAGUCGAAGCAACACGAGUGGUAUGCUAAAGUCCCAGCUCAGGCCACCCUGACCACUGUUGUGAUCCUCACGAUGUUCACUAAGGGACUUCGCCCUGAAGCACUAAGGUUCCAUGCGACUGAUGGGACUCUACUACAGGACAUUCCAAUUGCCGAUGCCUUGGCUACUGCCUCACAGAUCGAAUGCCUUUUAUGGACUUUUCCUCUCCUGCUGAUUCGCGCUCAAUCACCUCCAGCGGCCUCAAGGCCUGCACCACAUGCUGAUGAGAUACCUCCCACGGUCCCUUUUUCAGCUCGUGAGGACGAAUCAUUGAUCAUUGCUCUUGACUCAAGCCCCGCAUACAGGCUGUCACCAGAGCUCUUUCAAGAGAUGCUAUGCUUUCUCGAGUUCAACACUCGCUGGGCUCUUCCAAGCAACAGCAACAGGCAAAUUGUGUCCCUUCUCUGGGAACCUACCCUGGGAGUGCUCACCAUUGCACUCGACUCCACUGUACCAGCAGCGGACCUCCAAGAGCAGCUGGCAACCCAUUUUGGACCCCACAAGCACAUGGUCUACCAGAGCCCCUUCCCGAUUCGCAAGAUUGCUCCAGGCCCUCUCUUCACUGUGAGGGACCGCAAUCACUCCAACAACGCGUUGGUCAUGUUCCAAAAAUUGCAGACUGAAGUUUGGGUGAGGGCGCAUGUUGUGCCCAAAGAAAUCGAGCGAUCCACCAAGAUCACUACGCAGGAAGGUCUCUUCCAGAUCGUGCACCACAAUGAUCGUCCAUGCACAGGGGAUCGACUUCACCUGGCCAACGGAGACUGGUUGCUGAUCGAGCCUGUUCUCACUGAUGUUGUUGUAGGUGGCCAUCACCGCUGGACCACCAAUCCUGAAGUCCUACCAAGAGGAGCCAACUUCACGGACAGGAUCAGCUUCAGUAUCAACACCCACGGUUGGGCUGCGUCGGAUGAACUGCAUGCUGCUAUGAUGUGGCUUCUUCGCCGAUUCCCCGAGACAAUUGCCGAGUUCAACAUUCUCCAAUGGCACACUGCUGAACAGGAAUUCAGUGAUGAGCUGUAUGGAGAGCCACGCUUUGCAGAGAGUGGACGAGCAGUCACAGCUGUGCUAGUCGACAACCACUGGGCAGCAAUCGAAGUCAACAUCAUUGGCCAUCACACACAAGUCCACACCUUUGGACUGGGCGCCAACCUUGCCCAACGAGCAAUGCACAUGAUCUGUAGACGUAUGGAUGUCACACCCCAGCGUGUGCAACAACACAUCCACCCUGCACAGCCUCCGGAGCAUUUGUGCGGUUGGUUUCUCCUCCAGCGCUACUACAUCUUAUGCCAGGCCUUGCAUCAGCUUCCUGAUACUAUGAAUCAAUUCAAUGACUUGCCUGCAUUUCGACGUGGUGAAAUUCGUGAGGCAUGGGAAGCAGCUCAGGAAGAUUGGCGCAGAGCAGGGGCAUCUGACAAUCUGAUGCACUUCGCUACUGCCCUCCGCACCAACUUCUUGGUCAAUCUUGCCAUUACAGCCACCCGUGAUUCAUCAGUUGUCAAUGUCCCACUGCACGUUCAGUUCCCGGCGCAAUUGGCACCCACUGCAAGACCUCUACAUACAGGGCAACAAGCAGCACCAUCACAAGCCCAAGACACACCUGAAGCAGCGCCACUUCAGCCAGCGCCCAUCGAUCCGGCACCACAGCAACCAGACAGAGUCCACAUCAGACUCCUUGAGUCGCUCGGCAGGCCUGGUUGGCUCUCCUCUGACACUUUGGACCACGCCCUUGAAUCGCUCCGCUGGCAUUGUCCGCAGAUAUGCUUUUGCCCCCCGGCCCAGUGGAUUUCUGAUGAUCAGUCUUUGCGUUUCCUGGCCGGCUUGGAAUGCCUGCAUGACACGUUUAGUCAGAUUAUUCUCUUUGUCCUCUGGAGAGAGCAUUGGAUCCUGUGUGAACUCCAUGUCCAUGCAUGGGAGGUAUUCAUUCAGACUGUUGGCCCCAUUGAGAUCUUGCCUGACUUGCACCUCCUGGUUGCUGCAGUGUGUCGACUCUUCCGGCUCCACAACCUUGUGUUGAAUACCGCUGCAACCCACUUCGCAGCUCCUGUUGGACUUUGUGGCUGGUCGCUGCUUCGAACUCCCCUUCGACGCUUCCAAGUCCCAUUACCUCAGCUCAGCCAGCUGUGGCUUGCUGCACUGCGUGUUCACAGGCUGCAAGCUCUUAUCCGGCAAGUUCAAGUUGCAGAAACCAAUCUUUGGGAGACACAAGGUGACCCUGAUUUGCUGCAGUUUGCCUCUGGCAUUGCGCUUGAAUUCCUUGUGCACAUCAUUCAAAACCGCUUUCCCAAUGAGAGGAAUGUUGGAGGGGCCUUGAACGAUACAGGUCAUCAGCUGCCUAUUCCACAUCUGCCCCCGGUUGGCUCUGCUACUCCGCAGUUGCGAGUCCAAGAACGUCUCAACCUGUUCGACACUCGCCCUGGCUGGCUCUUUUCAGACACGGCAGAUUACCUCUUGGACUUUCUGCGUGAAGCGGAUCCGGACACAGUAUACCUCCCACCAAUGCAGUGGACUUCUCAGGGUGUUUCGGCAUUCAAUGACUUGUGCUCGCCAAUUCAAGCUUCUCAGAAGGCCAUUGGUCUCAUUUUGUGGGAGCAGCAUUGGAUUCUUUGCGAAUUUCAAUCCACGGCCGAUUUCCUGAUCAUCAAGCUGCAGGAGGUGAUUGCAAAACUGCCAAGUGCUGCUAGAAGCACCCUGCUCUCGCUUAGCGGCCAGCAGGGAAUUCUACUUCGGGACUUUUUGGACUCUGGCUCGCAACCAAUUGACACUUCUGUCAUCCCGAAGUUUUGGGAAGUUAGCCAGAAGGGCCUCAGAGAAUUGUCCAUCAGCAUUGAAGGUGUCAAGGGCAUUGCAGGUGCCAUCCUCACCCGCAGAGGCCUCGCAAUCAGGGCCUGGACUGCGAACAUCGCCGAGGUGAGGCGGAAGCUCUUGCCAAAUGAUGCCAGGCUGAACGACACCAACAUCGCAGUUGUUCCACGGCAUAUGAUGGACGCUGCAGGCUGGCCGCCUGGAGCCUCGCCUGCCGAUGUGAUCGAGUCAGUCACCAAAGCAGUGAGCCAAGCACCCAUCCCGACGAGAACCUUCCGGUCCGCCGGAGUACAUACAUGGCAAUUGGGCUUCCAAACCCUACCACAUGUCCAGACCUUCACGGUCAAGAUCAACGGGUCCUUGCACCAGAUCCUGUUGACUCCCACGCCAUUUCACUCCAAGGGGAAUGGCAAGGGGAAGCAACGCCCGCCUAAGAAAGGCUUCACCAAAGACGAGCCUCAUUUUCCACCAGCAGCCACCUCGAUUGCUGCAGCCUCAGCACAACAAGACAAGAAACGCAUCGACCAGCUCGAAAACCGUUUCGAUUCUUUGCAAAAGCAAGUCACCGGAAUUGAACACAAACAGACAAGUCUCGAGAGCAAGUUGGACCAGCGGUUCAACGAUAUAGGUGACACUUUGAGGCAACUCGUGCAGCUCAGCACGAACCGAGCUCAUGAGCCCAGCGGUGAAUCCCCACCGCCCAAGAACCAGCGUAUCGCAUGA